AUGGCGCUUUUUGUCGCCCAAGAGGCUAUCUGCGCGUACCCGAUCAGCACCAUCUAUGAUACUUGUCCACGAUACCUUUUUUAUGCCCUCCUCCUCGCCAGCUGCGCCACACGCUGGACGGGUUGGUUGGCGGACGUCUUCCUCGGCACGGCAGCGACAUAUGCGGGCACAGCUGCCUUCCAGGCAUUCAUACUCAUCGCGAGCCGUCGGGGAAAACCCUCCGUUCCAGCAGGACUUGUGAGCAUACCGAACAUCCCCUCUAAUACAACAUUAGAUGCAACAGCCGCUGCUGCUGCAGAUCUAUUCCCUGCGCUAGUCACCGACACAGAUGAGGUGCAGGUAACGCCCGCGGCAUUGGAGCUAGAUGCCGACGCCGUACUAGCCAUCGUGGUGACGGGGUAUCUCGUUUUUCUCCCGCUGCAGUGCUGGUCGCGUGUUCUCCGGCAGCAGAAUGCGCGGUACCUGCUUUUCUCGCUGUGGAAUGCGCUUAUGCUGGCGGGGUCGGUGUGCGCGCUCGUGUACUGGCCUACGCUGAGCCGCACGCCGCGCCAGUAUAUGUUCUGUUAUCCGGAUUUCCCACCCGACGGAACAGAGUAUAACGGUGGGUGGGUGGCGUCUUUCCGGAGGUCUGACAGCUGGAACGAGAGUGUUUGGGGGGUGUUUGAGAACCGAUCGCGGUGGGAGGAGCUGGGCGAUCUCUGCUUUUACCCUUGCUUCAACACGAGUCAGAUCCUGCGCCAGCAGACGACCAUGGUCGCCGUCGCCGCCACGGGAGACGAUGGGGGUGUCCAUCGCCACUUGUUCUGGGGUCGAGUGGAGGAUUUCAAGCCGUAUGUUUAUGCCCUAGUGGUGCUUUGUGUCAUCUUGAACUUUGUGCUUUUGUUGGUCGAGUUUGUGCCUUCUCGUCGCUCCAGGAUUCCCUCGUCGCGAGUCUGGAUUGUCUGGAAGAAGAGAAAGCAGAUAUGGACAGGGCUCAAAUGUGACUUUCGAUCCGCUCUGGCGGGUGAGUCGACGGAGGGAGUCACAGACGAGGCGAAAGCCCGGACGAAGAAAGGCCUCAGGGGACGAAUCCAGAGAGCUGUCAGCAUCCAGUCUCUAAAGCUGUGGCUGCGGUUAGCGAUUGAUAUCUUCAUUCUCAUCUGCCUCAUCUUCAGCGUCGUGGUCAGUCCGUUUACCGUUAUUGCCUUUGUCAUCUGGAUCGAGUAUUACAUCCACCAUGACGGACCCAACCAAGAGAGUCCGCAGCAGAUCGGACAGUGGUCGCCCCUUUUAGCCAUUGGAUUGUUGCUCAUCUCUGCCGCAAUACUGAAGCUGAAAUAUCGCAUGGCCUCGGUCAAGGAGAUCGACUGUGAGAUUGCAGAUACCAAGCAGUUAUUGAACCGGUUGGAAACGAUGAAGAAUGAGCGAGAGAAGGGAAACGAAGCAUAG